UUACAAGAAUAAAAAAGUCUGGAAUGUAAGAUCAGCUCUUCAGCAAAAUAUGGAUGGGCAGACACGGAGGAUGAAAGAAAAUUAGGAUGAAGAAGAAAAUUUUUGUUUGUUAAAUAAGUGACUUACUGAGACUGCUGCUUCUUUUCAUAACUACAUUAAAACAAAAUUAGUAGAAUAUUUCCUCAGAAUAUUAUUUUAAAUUCUACUUUUUUUAUUAUUAUUCCCAUCAUGUUUUAAUUCCAGAUAUUCUAAAGGCACUGUUGACUCAUGAAGUUUGUUAUUUGACUCUUCCAUCUCACCUCGCAGAUAAGGCAGAAUUUCAAUAUGUUUGAAGUAUAAGUCUUCUGUUUGGGGGCGUUAAAGUGUUUCCUGACGGAGUCUCUUCGCAAAUUCAAAAUAUCGUCACCCUAAAAUAAAGCAGUUAUAACUGAAACUUCCUCUACCAUUUUAUGUGCGCGGGUUUUUGACGUGGGGGCUUGAUGGGGAACCUCCGAUUACUGGCCUGGGUCCCGCUUCAUCUACCCGACUUUAAAGCGUAAAAAUUCGACUUCCCUGUACAAACAGCGCAUCUCGUGUCUACGUGUUGCAGCUGACCCCGCAUUUAGUUACAACUCCAUUAAUCCCCGCAUCUGUGUAGAUCUAAAGCCGGGGAAGUAAACCGCGAACAACAGUUCGGGAAAUUUCAAAAUAAAAUCCACUCAUCUGUCGGCAGGUUUCCAGAACCCUGAAUGCGCAGCGCACACGCCUGUCUGUUUAUCUGUCUGCAUGCUCGCUCCUUCCCUCCUCCGUGAGUCCUAACGGUCAGUGUGCGGGGACGGGGCCGGAUGCAGAGCAGAUUCUCUGAGGUGGGUGUGUGUGUGCGUGUGUGGAUGCUACAGUGAUCCUCUAAGACUGACGUCUCUCCGGUAGCGCAGAAGAAGACCGCAGCCGGGUUCUUUCACACACUUGAGCGCAGCCAGGCAGAAGCCAGCCGCUGCCCGCAGAGUGAGGCAGGAAUCCACGGAGCGGGACUCCAAACUUGAGCGGGGAGGAAGCUGUAGUUUCUCAGCAUGUUCAACCUGCGGAAAGCUGCGUUCAGGCACGCUCGCCCUGUGACUGUUUGAUUCAACUGGAGUGCAGGCUGCUGCUGCUGCUGCUGCUGCUGGGUUUCCCCCCCGUCUCUCUUUAUUAAACGUCUGAUGUGAAAAAGCGAACCUCUAUACAACUGAAAUGAUGUGGACCUCUCAUGACACUGUUGGAUUUGUUUUCCUAGCCGGAUUCUGUGUUCAGUUCGGAUUCUCCUUUGAAGGUCGCUUUACGGAUCUGCCAUCCAAUAUGACAGUUAAAGAGGGCCAAAACAUAGAAAUGGCAUGCGCCUUCCAGAGUGGAACUACGUCUGUGUAUUUGGAGAUCCAGUGGUGGUUCGUGAAAGCUCCGGAGCCCACUGACAGCGAGGAGGCUGUUGACGCUGAGGAGAUGGAGAUGAUACCAGAGCCUGAUCCUGAUGACGAGGGGACAAAAAUAAGUACAGUGAAGGUCCAGGGCAACGACAUCUCACAUAAGCUGCAGAUCUCCAGAGUCAGCAAGAAUGACGAAGGUCUCUACGAGUGCCGGGUGACCAGAGCCAACUACGGUGAGAUUGUGGAGUACAAAGCCCAAGCCUGGCUUAAGGUCAAUGCCACGGCGAGGCCUCGGCGGCCAAUGUCUCCCGCCAAGAAGAGCUCCCCGCUGCACCUGACAGGCAAGAAUCCAAGAAAGUCCACCUCACCUCUGAGCCAAGACAACAUGAGCUCAGACCAGAGGGUGGCUUCCACAUCCACCUCCCACACAUCCUCCAACACAGCAAAACACAACCCCGGCUCAGGUUCAAGAAUAUCGUCCAGCUACGGACUUGCUGUCCUGCUUCUGGCGUGUGGCUUGGUGAGGGAUGCCUUGUUAUAAUUUAAAGAACAGUCAUGAUUUGCUCCCAGAUGUUGGCCCAGAUGUUUGCUUUGAAAGCAAACAGAGGGGGAAAAAAAAAUUGCCUGUUUUACUCCCUUCGCAACUCACUCACUGCAACCCCGAACUCCACCACGCGGACAGCACAGUUUGCGCCUCAUUUCCUCGCCACUUCUGCUCUUGCACUUAGCACAUUGUUACUAGCCACUAUAAACACCCGUCACAACCGCAGCAGAAGGAUCACCUUUUCUACAGACGCCUAGUCGACGCCGUCAGAGAUGCCGCGUGACGCCAGGACUCUACCCUGUUGGAUAACUCUCAUGGAAGAAUGACUUUCUUAAAGUUUUGCUGUUGACGUUUCUGUGUUCAUUACUCAAAAGUAAACAAGAAAAAUUAAGAAUCUCUAUUUGUGUAGUAUAUAUGAUCCUAGAUAUAUGUCUGUUUUAUUUGAAACACAUAGAACUAAUGUCUGUGCUGUAUACAUAGCUGCUGCUGAUAUUGGCCAUGAAUCAUUGUGGAUAGGCCCUCUAGCCUUCACCAGAUGAGAUAAAUCUAAUACAAGUAUGUGUUGAAUUAGACGAUUGAUGUUAACCUUUAAGUUGAAAGGUUCAUUCUUUUCAUUUCUCUUUCAGCCAUAUUAGCCAUCCAAAUUUCAGAUGUGCAUAAUUUUACAUCUUGUUAGUGAUUCAUUAUCAGAUGUGCAUGCUUGGUCUGAAGGUUUAAAGAAGAGGAAAAUAUUUGACCUACAUUGGCCAACACUUGGAGUUUAAUGUUUCAAUAUUUUUGACCUGCUACUUAAUUUUCUGUGCUAGCUUUGGUGUGAAAAUAAUGUCCCCUUGUCAUUUUAAUUUGUAAUGCACCCUUAGUAGGAAUAAAAAAAACAGAAAGCCACUACUUAUGAGUUAUUGUAAAUCCUGAUGUGUGACAACUGGAUGAUUGAUUAUGACCAGCAAUUACCAUCUGAAAUGUUUCAGCAGCUGUGCACCUCAUCGCUGACGAAUAAUUUAAUUAACUCUAGAUCACAAUUGUCAACACAGAAACACAGAGGAUCUAGAGUCUCUUCACACCCCUGUUUGAAUGCCAACUUUUUCUAAUAUCAAAUAAUCAAAUCAAGGUCAGUCGUUUCAAAACUUUUUCUACAUUUAAUGGGCCAUAUUAUAUACAGUCAAUUGUGAAACAUCUAAAAGUGACAAAUGGUUUAACGGUAUUGGACAGGGAAAGGUCAUAAUGCAUUUAUAUGUACACUACGCCACAGUUAACACAGACAUUAAUAACUGGAAAAAAUGUGGGAUGGAAACAAGACUGAAACUGGUGAGGGAGGCUGCCAGGGGGCCGACAGCAAAACUGAAGGAACUGCAAGGUUUACUGGGAAGUACUGGUUGCGUUCUCCAUGUAGAACCAUUUCCUGUGUUUUCCGUAAGUCUGCACCCAGGAGCAUUGUUGCAAGAUGAGAGGUGUGUCAUUCAAAGAAAUGAUCCAGGCUUGGCUAGAAUCUUCCAAAAUCCUUUAGGCGCAUGGAGCUUUUGGUGACACCAAAGCUGGGAGAAAAUGCCUAAAA